GUGUUAGUACCGCUAGCGUCCGUAGGUCGAGGAAGUGAGAAUGAUGGCGUCAAGUACAGAAAAACAAACCAGCAGUAAAGCGGAGACAGAAUUAUCUUCAAAAACAGAAGAAUCAAAUUCUUUUAACGUUUGUGAGUGUCCGGUGGAGAAGGUGGUCGUCUACCAAGACAGAGCAGAGGUGUGUCGAGUGAUAGAAACGACCGUGAAGAAAGGUGAAAAUGAAGUCAUCGUGAAGAACCUGUCUAACUAUGUGGAUGAAGACUCUAUCAGGGUUGAAGGGAAAGGUACAGCUACAAUAUUAGAAGUGACCUACCAGACCAAGUAUGACUCUCCUAGCAAGUCUGAGAGAGAAGAGUAUGAGAGCAAAGGAAAAGCACUUCAGAAAGAACUAGAAGCUUUGGAUGAGAAGCUCACGGAACUGCAAGCUGCUAAAGUUAGGUUUCAGAAACAAUGGACGGUUCUGGACCAGUUUUCAACCAGUGUUACCACAAUGGGUGCCUCUGUUCAACAAUCUGAUACAAAGACAACGGUGACUAAGUUGGACAAAGGUCAGUUGGAAGGGAUCAGUGAGUUUUUCAAACUUUACAAUUCGCAAGCAACACACCUUGACACCAGCCUACUUCAGCUGGAUCAGCAAAUGAAAAAACUACAGGAGGAAAAGGUAGCUCUGCAGAUGAACAUGCAGGAACUUGGAUUGGACGCAAACAAGAAUGUUUCCAGGCAGUGCUCCAUCAUGCUGGAGAGCAGCGAACCUGAUGAAGCGAAGAUUACCCUUCUGGUCUCCUAUGUUGUGUCUCAGGCAUCCUGGACUCCCAAAUAUGACAUCCGAGUUUUUCCAGAGGAAAAAAAACUGAAGGUGAUGUAUUAUGGGCUGAUUAAACAGUCCACAGGUGAGGACUGGGAAGAUGCAAAGCUGUUUCUGUCAACUGCCAUGCCAAGUAUUGGGGGCAUUAUCCCUACCCUUGGGCGGUCCUCGGUCAGCCUGAAAAGAGCACCAGUAGUAAGAAGUGGUGGCAUAUUCAGGUCGUUCAGAAAAAAGCGGGCCUAUGCUCACAGGGCGCAACCACAAAGUGAACUGAAGGAUUUUGGCUUGGGUGACGGAGGUGCAGUGGAACUGUGCUUUGACGACUGGGCUCCACCAAUUGAAGAAGCUACUAGUCAGGCUCAGGAAGGUUUGACAAGCACAACGUUUGAGAUAACUCGUAGUGCCACCAUUCCAUGUGACAAUGUGGGGCACAAAGUGGCAGUUGGCAUCGUUGAUCUGAGCCCCGAAUUUGAGUAUGAAACUAUCCCCUUGCUGGCACCUCAUGCCUUCUUAAAGGCUCGUGUGACCAACAAAUCACAGUAUGCAUUUCUGCCAGGACCAACCAAUAUCUUCUUGGACAAUAAUUUUGUAGCUAAGAGUUUCCUGGAUGCGGUGAGUCCAGCUGAAGAGUUCCUGGUGUCCCUAGGUGUGGAUCCAGCUGUCCGCAUCAAGUACAAGCCCCUCCAUAAAUACGAGGAAAAAUCGGGCCUGUUGACCAAGGUGAAGACGGUGACAUACAAACAGGACAUAGAAGUGAAGAAUACUCACACAAACCCCAUGCAGAUCAAGGUCGUUGACCAUGUUCCUGUUAGCAAUGACGAUAAGAUCAAGGUGAACAUCCUUGAACCUCCCCUGAGCCAGAAGCAUCCAGAGAAGACAGAGAACACCGACACAAUAAAGUUGACAAAGGAUAGCCAUGUGGAGUGGCAAAUCACUGUCAAGGAGAGCGACAAAAAAGAGAUCACUCUGAAAUAUACCAUCGAAUACCCCGCUGGAGAAGCGAUUGAUAUUAGCACUGUCUGAACUCUGACAUGCUGAAAGGAAAGCUAGGUAUUAAAAAUUUGGCUUUCAUAAAACAUAAGAUUUCUAUAGAUCAAUUAAAUUGAACAUCUGGGCCUAUUUUUAACAAUUUUUGAUAUUGCCGGAGGCAGACCUCAAAAUUCAUAGAUGAUGUGUUCAUUAACAUAUAGAUUGGACAGUUGAGAUUGAAGUUGUGCAAGGAAUUACUUCUCGAAGGUAUAACCCUUUUGAUACAUAAAAGUACAGUUAUUUUUUCAAGACUUGCAUAUACUUACAUCUGUUUACAAUUUACAGGUUUUAAAAGCAUUCUUAGUUCAAAAUUUGUCUGUAAAAUAAUUUUUUAAGGUGGGUGCCAGUAAAUUUAUGCUUUGCAGAGGGAAUCAAUAAAAAAAAAAAAUACUCUUGUUACAGGAAUACUCAGUUGUUGGGGGGUGGGGGCGCUCACAAUGUUAUAUCAACAAAUUUGCAUUUGAUAAAUGUUCUAGCCAUUGUUUAGCACAGAAUUUACUAUUUACUAGACAUGUAUGAUAAUCAUAGAAUUUAUUAUUUACUAGACAUGUAUGAUAAUCAUAGAAUUUACUAUUUACUAGACAUGUAUGAUAAUCAUAGAAUUUUGGUGACAUAGUGCAUGUCUCUGGAGAACUUGAGCUUUCUAACUAGCUUAUAUUUCACAAUUGUAUGAUGUCCUAUUUGUUACAUCAAAAAUCAUCCCAAAAAAUGUCUGAACCAAAAAAAAUGCAAUGUAGAGUGUUAAGUUGACCUUUAAAUUAUGAAAGCCAAUUAGAAAAUAUGUUGUGCAUUGAUUCCUUUAUGUUUGGGUGAUAAAGACGUCUUAAGUUGUCAAGUUUGCCCAUAUGAA